CUCCUAGUGAUCAUGUCGAGCAGGACUUUUGGUUUCCUUUUCCAAUUUUUUUCCCAUUAUAUAUGGUCCAAGGACAGUGCCUUAGGGUAAGUGAAACGGCUACUGGAAAAUUUGACAGGGAUAUAUACGGUACGAUUUGUUCCAAAUUGUUGCGAGUUGUAGCUUUAUAGCUAUUGGUAAGGCUGGAGGGUACGUGGGACGGUUCCAAGGGACGUGACGCGACGUCUAUGCUAUUGCCAUGGCUCUCAAUAUAGAAUUGCAGACGGGCAAGAACCCUUUCGAAUCUUCCAAGGACGACAUCAGAAUUCACGCCCUACAAGAAAAGCCGUCAUUCUCCACCCUUGGUACACCUGGCCCAUCUCGCCCUGAUACUCCAGUGCAGAAUGACCACCAGCAUGAUGACAAUGCAGGCUUGGCGACUGAAUUCUCAACGGCCAAGAAAGCAUUCAUUGAAGUUGCCGUGAAUCUUGCCAACUUGACAGUUACUCUCGGCGCGUCUCUCCCCAGUGGAGCUGAAGACUCGCUCAACAAAGCUUUCGGCAUCACCUCUCAAUACCAGUUCACAUUGCCUGUGUCUGUGUUCCUGAUUGGAUAUAUAUUCGGACCUAUCCUGUUCGCUCCCCUGUCAGAAUCUUGGGGGAGGCGACCUGUCUAUCUAUCUUCUUUUGCUAUAUAUACGGCUUUUACAUUGGGCUGUGCCCUUGCGCCGAAUUGGCCUGCAUUUUUAUUCUUCCGCUUCAUGCUUGGUUGCGGGGCUGCAGCACCGCAGACAGUAUCGAGCGGGCUGUUUUCAGACAUCUAUCAAGAUCUAGGGCCUAGAGGACGAGCAGUGACGACGUUGGGACUUACAAGUAGCUUGGGCCCGCUGGUCGGGCCAAUAAUAUCGGGAUUCACAUCAACCGUGCACUGGAAAUGGCAGUUUUGGAUAUUGCUGGCACUCGAAGGUGUCAAUUGGCCCUUGUUGAUUAUGAUGCCUGAAACACUGGCUACAAAGCGUAAAUCUCGCCAAACACAUGACAAAGAACAAGCUCGACUCUCGACUUCGAGCAAAAAGCCGGAGAAAUUCUCCCUCCUUGUACUCACACGCCCGAUUCGAAUGCUGGCAGAGCCAAUCGUAUUCUUCGCUGAUAUUUUCUUGCUCUAUCAAUAUGUCAUUUUCUACUUAUACUUCGGAGCAUACCCGAUUGUCUUUCAGGAUACAUACGGGUUCUCUCCAGGAUUCUCCUCGUUGAUGUUUAUCCCGACUGGUAUUGGUGCCAUACUUGGAGUAUUUGUCUUCCUUGCCUGGGAUGCAUAUCAUAGACGCGCAGUCCAGCAAGGGAAGCAAUGGAGUCUCCGGGAAGAAUAUCGACGACUCCCACUCGCGUGUCUAGGAGGGCCUCUAUUUGUGAUAUCCCAGUUCUGGCUAGGAUGGACGGCCCGUCCUGACAUCCAUUGGAUUAUACCAGCGCUAUCAGGCAUCCCACUGGGAACGGGAGUGGAUCUCAAUGUCCUCGCGCUGAACAACUACCUCGCCGAUGCAUACGAUAUGUACAGUUCCUCCGUCUUGGCGUCAAGUGUCUUCCUCCGCAACAUUAUUGCCUGUCUACUCCUGACAUUGGCUACUUACCCACUAUACCAGAACUUGGGCACUGCAUGGGCUUGUACCCUUCUGGGUUGUCUCUGCAUCCUACUAGUUCCUAUUCCCUUCGCUUUUAUCCGCUGGGGCCCGACUAUGCGUGCGCGCAGCACUUUCUGCCAAAAACUAGCGCGCAACAGAGAAGAAAUCUCCGACCAAGAGCAGUUGGUGGCGUAAGGAAAAAACAGAAAACGGCUUGUACAAAUACAGGUGCGGAGAGCAAGCGAGGAAGGAAAAUGGUUAUUGCAUCUCCGCUGGAAUUUGAGGUUGACUAUAUUACGUUACGCAAUUUGUGAUUAUGAUUUGGUUGUAUCUUGGAACCCUUGUGAGCUUUCUACUAUAUUAAUAUCCCUGCGUGUCACAUCUAUUGCCAGCUAUUGAUGAUAUGGAGUUCGUGCUACAUAAAUUCUUAUACCUACACACAUGAUGUUUCAAUUGGGGAUCAGUGAAUUGGGGUUUGUACGAUAGGAGCAGAAUUCACACAAGGUCUUAUUAUCAUCUCUCUAAUUAACG